AUGAGCUCAGACAUUAUCACUCCUCAAUUGGACCCCAAGUUCUACACACUGGCAGAAAACGAAGCUGCGUUCUUUAAAGCUCAAACUGGAAUCGAGGAUGAAGCCACCCUUAAGAACCACAUCUUCACAAUCCAGGAGGGAAGCGUACAAGGUGCACCCUUAUCCGUGCAUUCGCCGUUUCGCCUUUGCAAAGUUGAAGAUUUCGAGGCAACCGUGCUAUCAACAGCUCUUGAACCUCGGAAAAGAUCGCAAGGGAGCGGUCUAUGCCGACAUUGGAUGUUGCUAAAGGCAGUCGCAGAUGGCUUUCCCGUAGAGCAAGUCAUAGCCUCCGAUUUACACCCUGAGUUUUGGGAACUCGGACAUAGGCUCUUCAAGAGCACGGCCGAAACUUUCCCUGCACGCUUCAUCCCUGCAGACAUCUUUCAGUUAAAAGGCCUUACUAAGGAAGACGCCCCUUCCUCCAUCCCGGAACUUUUCCAAGUACAGUCUCUAGCUGAGCUGCGAGGAAACAUUUCCGCCAUUCAUACAUCGUCAUUCUUCCAUCUCUUUGAUGAAGAAGGACAGUUCGAAAUAGCAAAGAUCAUGGCGGCGCUACUGUCAUCUGAGCCCGGGUCCAUGAUAUUUGGAUUACACGGUGGUCGGCAGGAGAAAGGUUUGCGCACCGAAGUCGGCCUCAAUAGUGGCCGUCGAAGCCCCAUGUUUUGCCACUCACCUGAGAGUUGGAAAUCGCUCUGGGAUGGUGAAAUAUACCCCAAGGGUACUGUUCGUGUUGAUGCUUUCUUGCAUGAACAUGACCAUCCUGAAAUGAUCGAUUCUGGCGCCAAAUCAUACCUCCUCGUUUGGUGCAUAACGGUUUUGUGA